CAACCUGGCGCUUGACAACACGGAGAUCCCGGAAGUGAGGAGAAGGUCCGGUCAGAGGCGCAGCGGCUGCGGCGGGUCCUCGGAGAGUCGUCGUCAUGUCUACGGCUAUGAACUUCGGGGCGAAAAGCUUCAAGCCGAGGCCACCGGACAAAGGCGCUUUUCCUCUGGAUCAUUUCGGUGAAUGUACAGCUUUCAAAGAAAAAUUCAUGAAGUGUCUGAGGGAGAACAGCUUUGAGAACGCAUUGUGCAGGCAGGAAUCAAAGGAAUAUUUAGAAUGCAGAAUGGAGAGACAACUUAUGGCCAAAGAACCACUGGCAAAAUUGGGAUUUAAAGACCUAAUAGAAGAAAAAUCAGAAACCCAACCGGAGACAUUGUGAUGAAGAGAAAGAGAGAGAGAAUCUUGACCUUCUCCUAUAGAAAGGAGCAAAUCUGCUGUGGUACAUACUGUACAUGGUACAUUUCAGAUACUAUAUUGUUAUGAAGUGCUCCUUGGAAGAAGCUAUUGCCAUGGAGAAGAUUUACAGUGCAAUCCUGUACACUUAAGUCUCACUGAGUUUAAUAGGGCUUACUCCCAAGCAAAGGGAUCCGUUUGUUGCAAUGCUAUCCCCACCCAGUUGGUCCCAGUGAAGUCAGUGAGUUUUCCUUCUGAGGACAUGUUAGUGUGGGGAAGGAAAUAUUCCUUGGAUAUUCAAAUUUGCACUACAAGUUCCCAGUACUUGCUUUGUGAAAAGCUUUGUUUUGGAGAUUCUGGAAGACAGACAAAUUCAGCCCACCAGCCCUGGUUCUCUCCAGCACAGAACUCAUUGCCCUGUGCACUGGGUUCAGCUUCUCUUCUUACAAUUGGUAUAAAUAAUAAAUUAUUACUAUAAAUUAUUAUUAUUUGAGAGAAAUGCUUCCUAGGAUCUUAAGUGUACUUGCUUAGAAAUAAGGUGUGCUGAAAUUACGCAUUGGGACUUGCAUCCAAGUGAAAGGCCUCUAGGAUAGGCAUGCAAAUAAAUAAUUUGUUUUUGAAUUAGA